AUGUCACUCGCUGACGAGCAACAACCCAAUGGCGCGGUUUCAAUGUUUAAAUCUCCUAAUCACUCUCCCUCGGCACACAACUCGAUCGAAUACGAACACGCCAGCGAAGGCUCAGAUGAGCAAUCCAGUGCAGACGACGACGAAAAUGAAGAGUUAGAUCAAGAUAUUGACGAGGACGAGCACGAGCACGAGCACGAAGAUCUGUACGAAUGGUCAGACGAACCGGGAAGCUCUCAGUAUGACUCUUUGAGCGAUGCAUCAGGCUGGGAAUUCGAAGAAAACAAAUCUGCACCUUGGUUGGAAGAGGAAACAUUCCAUUCAUUCCAACGACUGCCAGUCGAAAUCCGUUUACAAAUCUGGAAGCUUGCCACGCCGGAUCCACGCGAUGUCAAUGGGCCAUCUGUGAUAUUCCAUUUGAACUUCGACCUGUCCAACGCAAAAGCAAUACUUCUCUCCCCGAAAGAGCUAAUGGGCCCAUGGCCAGGGCAUUCGGAAAUAGCCCACAAAUGGAACAAAUAUCUUGAACGCCACCCUGAUGAGUCUGACUGGAGACGCCGACUUAGAAUAUUCGAACGCGAUUGCUCUUGUAACACAUGCAGUGCAAGUAAAAGUGCCUGGUCUGGACCGGCUUGCAACGUUUCUUUAAAACAAGUUCUGAGCCUCUUGCACGUCUGUCGAGAAGCUCGAAUGACAGUGCAAAAAGUCUACGUUCUGACCGUCAUGACAAGCGUCCGGAGUGACUUCUUACCAUGGGAUUCAAACGAUACUCUAUACUUUCCGAGCAUGCACCAUAAAAUUUUAUUCAGAUACGUCUUCGUUCGGUUCAGAAAAAGACCAUAUCUGUUUUUUGAUGCCAUACACCGUAUCGCCAUCCACGUUGUUCCUCAAGGACCUCCAUCGUCUCCAUAUAAUCCUACUCUUCACCCCAAUCUGCUGACAAAUCUACCUAAUUUGCGCAGUAUUGAUGGAGUCAUAGAUCCACAAGGCGUUAGUAUGCGGGAUACUGGAAGCUUGGUGCUUUACGAAUCCUUAGAUGUGCCUGUUGAACGGCUUGGGCAUCAGCGACCUUCAGAAGUUGAGUCAAGGAUUAACUCGCAACUCAAACUCCACGCCUCUUAUCAGAAGGGCAAAGUUGAACCCGCAACUUUCGAGCUAUCUGUUCUGGGCUGGAAGGCAAAGAAUAAGAGGGGCUAG